UCCCAUGCGGUGCCCCUCUCUGCAGAGUGCCCCAGAGCACCCAGCAGCACGGCCAUGGAGCCCCUCUCCUUCCAGGAAUACAUCUGCUCCUUGGACCCUGCCACCCUGCCCCGCAUCCUCAGGAUUUGCUCCGGUGUCUACUUCCAAGGGUCAGUGUACGAGAUCUCAGGCAAUGAAUGCUGCUUGUCAACGGGCGACCUGCUGAAAGUCAUGGCCGUGGCACUGCAGAAGGUCAUUUGUGAGAACACAGAGACAGGGCAGACAACGGAGCUGCCACCGACAUUUAAGGGUCUUUCCCAGCCUGCCCCAGGCCCGGGCCCGCCCCCGACACUGCGGGGACCAGUCAGGGAAGGCUGCAGGCAGCAGGGCCUGACGCUGCACCAGGCACUGGGGUGGUGGGGCAGGCAGCCACAGCCCCUGCUGUGCCCCACCAUCAGCCCCUCUGCCCUACUCCUGCAUCCUGUCUAUGAGGUGCACGCUGCCAUGCACUGCAUGGAGAGCAACAGUGCUGAACAUGAUUAUGAAACUGUUGAUAACAAGAUGAAAAAGACAAUUCACAAAAUGCAAGCAAUUUUUCCUUUCUAGUUCUCUAGUUUCUGGAAGCCACCCAGCCUCCAAAUAAUCUUAGAUGUGGCAUGACAUUGAUUACUUGCAGAGGCUAAAUACAGCCCCAGGGAUCCACAAUGCAACUUCCAAUGGCCUCGACCCCACAGAAAGGAGCCCACUUUCCUCGAAGGCAAGCAGCCCUUAUGCUUUCAGGAGAGCCCUUGGCUCAGAAUAUAUCCCCCUGUUGUGCUGUGGGCCUGUGGGCUGUUUCCUCAGCUGUCACCCAUGGGACUCUCUGACAGCAGCAGACCAGCAUCAGGCUGGGCGGCCACCAAGAUGCCACUGAGAUGCUAGCCCAGGUCCUGGGACACAGAUCUCACUCCACUCCACUGUGUUGCCAUGGUGUCUGGACUGGGAUUACAGAUGCUUCCAGAUGGAGAUACUCUGGAGCCAGCAUGUCCAGACAGUUUGGCACGUGGGGCAGGACGGGGUUAGGAGGAGACAUGACAAGGUACUUCACAUGGUGCAAGCUGUGCCCCAAGCUGAGGCUCAAACCGCUGACUGACACAUUUGUACAACUGCACGUUAGAAACCCGCUUUCGUAAGGCAGAAGCUGCAUUUUUUCUCAAGUACAGCCAAACUCACUUCUCACUCUGGCCUAAUCUCUCACAAAGGUUGUAGAAACAUUGUAAAAACAUUGUGGCUUUAGGUUUUGCCAGCUUCCUCAUCCAUUUUUAACUGCCCUUGCAAUUGGAAGCAACAUCUGCCCUGGACCUCCAUGGUCCCCUCCUGCUUGUGAGCGUGCUUGUCGCACUCUUGCAGAUUCUUGGCACCUACAAAGGCUCCUGCUGCACUCAUGUCAUUGGAUGCAAAAAAUGACCUGAAAACCAAGUAAGGACCAAAGGUCCACUCUUCUUUUCCUGCAAGUUUGGCAAAGCCCCAGGAAAGUGGCAGAGACAAAGACCUCAUAGUCCUCAUGUGCAGUAAGGGGAAAGAGCUGAUGAGGGGAGACCUUUAUACCGAAAGCAAGCAGGCUUUCAUGCCUGCAUCACACACUGCA